AAUUACUAUACUGAAUUUGACACAGCCAUGGAGAAUCCAAGAGUCUACAGUGAAUUUGACAAAGUACAAAAGAAUAGAAUAUCAUCUAUAAUCGAAGAGUUUUGCGAAGAUUUAAUGAAUAUACAUGGAAAGUGUAUGGACAUCGGCUGCGGUCCUGGAGAUAUAACAAAGGAUUUUUUAUUACCUUCUCUUGGCUCAAAUGCACAAAUAAUUGGUACGGAUAUUUCGGAGAGUAUGAUCAAAUAUGCGAAUAAGACAUUUAGUGACAAAAAACAACUUCGAUUUGAAAUAUUGGAUAUUGAAACUAAAAAUUUGCCUAAGAAAUAUAUUUCUGAAUUUGAUCACAUAUUUUCAUUUCAAACUUUGCAAUGGUGCAAGGACAUUCGACAAGCCUUCGAGAAUAUUUAUCAAAUGCUAAAACCUAAUGCAACUAUGCUUGUGUAUGUAAUAGCAUCUCAUGAUUUAUAUGAAGUUCUCAAAUUUUUGGAGCAAGACACCCGCUUUGCACAAUACAUACCUAAUUCGAUGAAAAAUAUUUCGCCGUAUCAAGAGUCAAAAAAUGCUCGCAAAGAGUUAAGAGAAUUACUUAAAAAUGUCGGAUUUACAGUUCAUCAUUGCAGUCUUCGGGAGGUGAUAUACUCCGAUGAAAAACAGAUGGUACAACAGUUUUUGAAUUCGCUAAUAUGCCUCUUGACAUUUAUUGAAGACAUGCCAUUUGAUUUGAUAGAAGAAUUCAAGAAUAUACUUUCAUAUGAAUAUAUGAGAAGAAAGAUUUAUUAUAAAUCAAUAUAUAAUGAUCAAGAACUUGUAUUAGACCGUUGUAAAGCGUUAGUAGUUUAUGCACAAAAGAAUAUAUAACAAUUGCAUAAAGAUAAACCAUUACAGAAUAAGACAUUUAUAUUGUAACAUUAUUUU